UUAUCGGCAAAUGUUUUGCUGUGGCCUGUAAGUGUAGACUUUAGCUAUACGUUGAAGUGUAGUGUUUGCAGGUCGUGGAAUUCAAUAACUAGUCCGUACGAGUUCGUAGAAAAAUGACUUCCAAAUAGGUAGAUUAUUCGUGUUCUACAUCACGUUUCUCCGUCCUACGAGCAUGCACCACAAAAUACAGCGUGGACAUGAUUCACAAAGAUGUCAAAACGUUGGUGCAGUUAACAAACAUUUUUAAACUAUGUCUACUGUAACUGAAGAGAAAAAAUCGAUCAGAAUGGUCGGACCUAAAGUAUCUCAAAUUGCAAACAUUUUUCAACGUCCUACAGUGACUAAAGAUCCAGAUAUAAUAGUAGUUAAGCAAAAUGCUUCGCCUACAUUAGAUAAUAAAUUACCAGUUAAAGUAGAAACGCCUAAUCAAGUGACUGUUGUAAGGACUGAAAGCCACUUAGCAAGAUUUAAUAAUGCCAGAGCUCUUUUCGAAAAAUUGGGAACAGGAGAACCUAAACCUACUUUAUUGGAAAAAAUAAAACAGAGUAAUUCUCAAGACAGCAUUUGUGCUAAAUCAAGAUCUCCAAGUCCACCUUCAAGUAAUCUAAAAUCAAAUGGUAUUAUUGGAAGCGCACAGAGUCAUUCACAAUUAAAUGGCAGUAAAGUUGUAAAACCUAUUAAACCUGAAAAACCUGAUAAGAAACUCAAUAGUCGUGAAUUAAUAGAAAAACAGAAAAAUUGGACAUCUCAUUUUUCUAAAUCACCACGUUCAUCCAAUUCUAGGUAUAACAGUGAUCCUAGUCCUAAUGAAGUUAAAGAGUGGAUACCAGAUACCAAUACUGAUGGUAUUUCUCGGACAGCCUCAACUUCAUCGUUAUACAAAAAUGUUUCCCAUCCUACAAGUCCACCACCACCACCACCACCACCACCUCAAAAAGUUGAUGAACAUUUCAAUCAAAAUGAUGAAGAAAUUAAUUUAGACAGUUCUAGAACAAGUAAUAACCAGGUACCUGAAGAAAUAUCUAAUAAAAAAACAAUAGAGUCACUUUCUGGCAUUAAUUAUUCUGUUGAUAAGGAGAAACACAUAGAAGAACAUAUUUUUGAUAAUGAAUUAAAUGCUGAGACCAUGGAUGUAAAUACUUCUGAGGCUGUGACUGAAGAAAAUAAAUUAAAUACGUCAAUAAGUGAACCUGAAAUUAUUAAUGUGCCAAUUUCAUUAGACUUGUCAGAUUCAUAUAUAAAUCAAGAAUUACCUGUUAGUUUAAAUUCCACAUUUAAUGUACCCGUGGAUCAGGAUAUUGAAACCAUUAUUAGUGAUAUAAGUAUGAAUCUAAAUGAAGCAAAUUCUUCAACCCCUAAAGUUCAAUUCAGUAUUGGAGAUUCUGCCAAUCACACCGUGGCUACUGUUACUCCAUUAGAAAGUGAAAUUGAUUCUGGAUUUAUCUCUUCUGAAGCUGUGACUGUCCCUGAAUUAAGUAAAGGGUUAAUUGAUUUGAAUAAAAGUGACAAAUUUGCUGAUGACAAUGAUGUUGAAGAAAAUAAACUAACUCCAUUGACACUGGAUCUGGGAGAUACGAGUAUAAAUAGAAGUUCAGAAGGUAUAAUAGAUCUAGAGUCCUCAGGACAACCAGAUAUGAUGACACCAGAUGAAGCUGAACAAUUACUUAGUACAAAAAUUUUGGAAAAAAAGAGUAUUAGUCAAGAUAAUCUUUUGUCUGAUGAAGAAGCUAAAGAGAUUAAAAAAUUACUAUCGCCUUCUGAUAAUGAUCAAUUGAAUACAUCUGACUGGAUGAGUGAAGUUCUUUCCAUUGAAUCCAAUGAUAAUGUCAAUAAUCAAAGUCGAGAAAUUAAUGAAACUCAUGAUAAUUAUAAUAUGGAAGAUUUUCAAGUUGAUGAUUCUUGGGAGCAAAGUUAUGAAACAAAAACUGACACAUUAUCUGCUAAUAACGGGAGUGUUGAAUUUGAUGAAUAUGAAGUUGAUGGCGAUUUAUAUAAAUCCAAAGAAUUUAUUCCAGAACCCACCAGAGAAAUAUAUGAAGAAGGUGGUGUUCACUAUUAUGAAGAUGGCCAUUUUUGGAUGGAAGUUCCAGGACUACCAGAACGUGAUUCAGAUGAUGAAUCUCAUAUUGUGGUCAAACAAAAUAUGAAAGUGAAAUUUAGUGCUGAUCCUAUCAAAGUUUAUAGCACUUUUUCAAUGGGUGAAUAUGAUCGGCGUAAUGAAGAUGUAGAUCCUGUAGCUGCGUCAGCUGAAUAUGAAUUAGAAAAACGUGUGGAACGAUUAGAUUUGAUGAAAGUAAUUUUACUAAAAGGUCCAGAAGGUCUUGGCUUAUCAAUUAUUGGAAUGGGUGUUGGUGCAGAUACAGGUCUUGAAAAACUUGGUAUUUUUGUAAAAACUAUCACUCCUGAUGGAGCUGCUGCUAAAGAUGGCCGUAUCCAGGUUAACGAUCAAAUAAUUGAAGUUGAUAACAAGUCUUUGGUUGGUGUUACACAAGCAUAUGCUGCCUCUGUCUUAAGAAAUACUUAUGGUCAAGUUAACUUUGUGAUUGGAAGAGAAACUGAUCCCGAGAAUAGCGAAGUUGCUCAUCUUAUUCGCCAAUCAUUAGAAGCUGAUAAAGAAAGAGAUACUCAACGACGUCAGCUUGAACAUUCACUAAACCAAAAAUUUUUUGGUAAUGAUCGAACAGAAUCUUCUAGUGAAGAUUUGAGUAAAACUGAUGAAGCUGAUACUGUUCAAUCUUUACGUGAAUUGUUACAAGAAAGCCGAUUAAAUGUAGCUAAAGCUGAAGAUGAAGUUAGCAAACUGAAAACCAGGGUAGAAGAAUUAGAAUGGAAUGGUGCGAAUAAUAAAAAAGAAAUUGCUGAUAAACUCGUACAAUCUGGACUACACUUAAAUGAGUUGGAUAAAUGUUUAUAUGUUGCAAGAAGAGAUAAAGAGACUUAUCAAGGGAUGUUACAGACAUCAGAAGAACGUUAUAUCAACUUGGAAAAAAAAUACACAAAAUUGAAAAAAAUUCUCAAAGAAUUUCAACAACGAGAAACUGACCUUUUACACCGAGAAGAAUAUUAUUUGCAAGUGUUACAAGAAAAGGACACAGAAUAUAAUGCUUUGGUUAAAGCUCUAAAAGAUCGAGUAAUACAAGUUGAACAUGAACUAUUAGAUACUCAACGUCGGGCUGGUUUUCCUGUCCAGCUACCUCAAAAUACAACUAGCACUAGUCAUUAUUUAACUACUUUGACACCACUUGCCAAAAAAACAAAAGUUACUCCUGUUUUGCCAUUACUUCAACAACUUGGAGCUGAUUUAUCAGAAACAGAAGAUUGCUUUGAUGAUGAAAAAGUUGCUACUGUUGAACGAAAAUUACCCGUUAAAGAAGAGUUAGAUCGCGCUGUUCCUCCGCAUGAACUUUUAGAUGUAUCUUUAUCAAAGAGUAAAGCUGAAUUAGCUGCAAGGGGUCUUGCUACCCGACAAUUACCAACUAAUGCCCUUCGUAAAUCUUUAUCAAAUAGCAGCUUAGAUAACAAUAAUGAAGAAGUAAACCAUAUUGAAAACUCAAUAGUUUUAGAACCUACUAUUGAGUUAAAAGAUGUAUCAAGUAUUGACUCUAUGGUUCAAGAACAAAAACAAAUGCCACAGUAUGCGUCUGUUCAAAAACCACCACAUAACCAUCAACCUGAUCAAUUUUUGGCUCGUAUUCAACAAUCAACUCAUUGUCGUAAUUUAAAUGGUCCUCCGCCAUCAUUAGCCGAGCAGCUUAAGAUUGUACUUGCUGAACGUGAAUCACGUUUGUCAGAAUCAAAUAGUAUAUACUCGUCUGAUCAUAACAGUUCAACAAGUUCCUUUGCUGAUGAAAUCAGAGAAGCUAGCUUAAAUUUGAAGAAAGCCAAUACUCAAUGGCAACAUACUAACCAAUUGCCUCAAAGUUCCCCGUCUUCAGUAUCAUCAUCUGAAAGUGUAUCACCUGGUCAUUAUGCUUCUGAUUUAAAUAACUCCAAAGCAAUUGGAUCAACCGAUUCAAUUGACAUAUGGACUCCUCCUCAAUCGGCAGAUAGUUCAAUUACUGAGAGAAAAAACUCUCAUGUUUGGCACAAUGCACCUGUACACGAAUGGUCUAAAGAGCAAGUAUGUCAAUGGUUAUUAGCCUUAAGUUUGGAGCAAUAUAUAUCAAAAUUCAUGGAACAUCAAGUAUCUGGUGUUGGUCUUUUGAAUUUAGAUACUAAAGACUUUAAAAAUUUUGGUAUCAUUGGAGAUGAUAAGAAUCGACUUAAACGUAAACUUAAAGAUCUUAAAGCCCAGGCAGAAAAGGAAAAACGUCACACUGAAAAAGAGCGAAAAGAAAAAGAACGAUUACAGAGAAAAGCUGAAAAACUAGCUGAAAAAGCUAGUAAACGUAAAUAACUUUACCUUAAAGUAUUUUUGUCUUUGACUUCUAGUCUUUAGUGUAAGUGUUAAGUUUUUUCUAAGGAAAAAAAUUCAUAAUUAUUGGAUGUGACAUUUUGUAUAAUAUGUAUAGCAUUGAUAUACAUUUCCCUCUUAAGAUAUCUUUAUAUUCCUGAUACGUCUGAAGCCUACUUAUCAACAAUUUUUCAUGAGUAGAAUCAAAUAUAUUGCUCAUUAUAUUUAAGUACUUAAUUUAUUAGCAGUAUUAGAUAGAAUCGUGUAUACAAUUAAUUUAUUUUUUAUUCGUUUGACAGAACAUUCAAUAAUUUUUUUUUUUAUAGUUCAGCAUUUUAUACUGUAGAUGAUACUAAUAUACUAGGCUUUAUAAGUUUUUGUUUUAUUUAAAGAUGAGUAUAACUUUAUGUUCGUCAUAUUAAUACUAUUCCACAUUUAUUUCUUAUUAUCAGUGGGUAAAAAAUUAAUUUUUAGAGGACGUUUUUACCUAAAUUAGGUAUCCUGCUUUUCUAGUCGCUCUAUCUACUUAACUUAUGUUGAAAAAAUACUUCUUAUGUUUAAAGUUCAUUGUAUAAUAUUGUUUUUUUUUUUUAUUUAUACCACUUAUAU